AUGUCGCCUUCAAUGGACCACGCAAAGGUCACACCACCCUAUGAACGUCCAAAUCUAAAUAUCUAUGGCUUUGGAGUCGAAUAUCCUCCUUACGAGAUCAAUGCAGCAGAUAUCGCCACACUUGCGCGGCGCCACUACCCCAGCACACCAGCUCUGGAGAAGGUGCUCUUUGUCAAUGAGUACACGGGGAUUGAUAGUCGCUCAGCCAUUGGUACUAUAGACCACCCUAUCGUCAAUGCGCCUGAACCACCAUCAAUCGCGGAACUCAGUGAAGUUUUCCUCGACCAUGGUGUAAAGCUUUCGGUUGCAGCCUCACAAAAGGCUAUUGAUCAGUGGGGUGGGGAUCUGUCCGAGAUCACCCAUGUUGUUUCCACAACAUGCACUCAUUCAGCGAACCCUGGAUUUGACCAUUACGUGAUCAAGCAGCUCGGCCUGAACCAAAGCAUAGAGAAAGUUCUCUUGCAUGGGGUCGGAUGUUCUGGUGGAUUGGCUGCUUUACGAACUGCUGCUAAUAUAGCUUUGGGAUCCAGCUAUCGUCGAAAACCCGCACGGAUAUUGGUUUUGGCUUGUGAGAUCACAAGCGUCCUUGCAAGAUCCGAAAUUGACUCGAUUCACAAAAACCAAGAAGUGAGGAUAGGCGUCGCUCUCUUCAGUGAUUGUGCCUCAGCUGUGAUACUGGGCAACGGUUUUAGUAAUCGUUAUGACGAGGAGCCGAUAUUGGAGUUGCUAGAUUGGGAUCACAGAAUUAUCGAAAACUCGGAAAAGGAUCUUGGAUUCGACGUAGAUCCAGUUGGAUGGAAAGUCAUUUUGACUCAGAGAGUGCCGAAGCUUGCAUCUGGGGCUGUACCAGCCAUGUUCGAGGAUCUCGUGAGCAGAGUGCCUGAGCUUGUCGACCUGGGUAAAUUCAAAGCCUCGGAUUAUGACUGGGCGCUUCACCCUGGCGGCGCCACAGUACUCAGUGGGGUGGAGCAAGCAAUGCACCUGACUCCGGAACAUCUCCGUGCGAGCUAUGAGAUAUACAUAACUCAUGGUAACAGCUCUAGUGCCACUGUAUUCAGUGUGAUGCAACGAUUGCUGGAAGGUCCAACCACUGACCAUAUUGUAAGUUGUGCAUUUGGCCCAGGCAUCUCGGUGGAGAUGAUGCUAUUGAAGCGAGUCCAAGAAGGAUCGAUGACUGGCACUGAGAGUCCUACUGAGACUUUGGUGGCUGAGGAGGUGGACUAA